GGCUCUCUGUCGGGAAAAGGGAGGAGAGACAGAGCCAGAUUAGCCGGGACUAUGGACAGUGAUGGACCUCAACCGGAGUUGUUCCGUGAAACUGAAUGAUGGGCACAUCAUGCCUGUGCUCGGGUGUGACACUCUUGCUUCUAAUGACGUUCCUAAAAGCAAGGCCAGUGAGGCCACCACAGUGGCAAUUGACGUAGGUUUCCAACACUUCGAUGCAGCAUAUGUCUACCAAAAUGAGGAGGAAGUCGGCGAGGCCAUUCAAGAGAAGAUCUCUGAAGGCACCGUGAAGAGAAAGGACAUAGUCUACACCAAGCUUUGGACUACUUUCCGUUGCCCGGAAUUAGUUCGACCAGCCCUGGAGAGAUCACUGAAGGCACUUCGGCUGGACUAUGUGGAUCUCUUCAUUAUCCAUUUGCCACUUGCUAUAAAGCCUGGGGAGGAGCUUAUGCCCAAGGACGCCAACAGGGAGGUUAUUUUAGAGACGGUGGACCUGUGUGACACGUGGGCGGCCAUGGAGAAGUGUAAAGAUGCAGGUUUAACCAAGUCCAUUGGGGUAUCCAAUUUCAACCACAAGCAGCUGGAAAUGACCCUGAACGAACCAGGGCUCAAGUACAAGCCUGUCUGCAACCAGGUGGAGUGUCAUCCUUGCCUCAACCAGAGCAAACUCCUGGAGUUCUGCAAGGCCAAGGACAUCGUUCUUGUUGCCUCUAGUGCCCUGGGAUCCCAAAAGGACCCAACCUGGGUGGCAGGGGGUAGCCCAUCUCCCUUGGAAGAGCCAAUCUUGAAUGCCAUUGCCAAGAAGCACAACAGAAACCCAGGCCAGGUGGCCCUGCGCUUCCAGCUGCAGUGAGGGGUGGUGGUCCUGGUCAAGAGCUUCAGCGAGAAGAGAAUCAAAGAGAACUAUGACGUUUUUGACUUUGAAUUAAGCAAUGAAGGCCUCAACAGAAAUUUCCGAUAUUUCCAACUACUAUUUGCUGUGGAUCAUCCUCGUUACCCGUUUUCUGAAGAAUACUGACCACGAGCUAUCACCAUUCGCUCUAGCAGAAUUUUUCAACUUCCAGGACUUGGAGAGG